UGUCGCUGGAGGGUGGGAUAGAGGGGAGUUGGGUGUUUGCGGGUCUGCGUGAUGUCACUCUUUGUGGCUGCAGUUGGCAAGAUGGUGCCAGUGCUCGUGGAGAAGAAGUUGGUGGGUCCGGAUGGGCUUGGCGGUGCUGAGCUCUCCAGCGAGGAGCAGGAGGAGCAGAACCUCUGGUCCUCAAUACUGAGAGAAGUUUCUACCCGGUCAAGAUCUAAGUUGCCAUCAGGCAAGAAUAUUCUCGUUUUUGGUGAUGAUGGCUCAGGUAAAACCACACUUAUGACCAAAAUACAGGGAGCAGAGCAUGGCAAGAAAGGGAGAGGGCUGGAAUACUUGUAUCUAAAUAUUCAUGAUGAAGACAGAGAUGAUCAUACUCGCUGUAAUGUUUGGAUUCUAGAUGGAGACUUAUACCAUAAAGGGCUACUGAAGUUUGCAGUUUCUGCAGAAUCCCUGCAAGACACCAUUGUAGUCUUUGUUGCAGAUAUGUCUAGACCUUGGACUGUUAUGGAGUCUUUACAGAAAUGGGCCAGUGUCUUGAAAGAACAUAUUGAUAAGAUGAAACUUCCUCCAGAAGAGAUAAGAGACAUGGAACGGAAGUUUAUGAAGGAGUUUCAAGAGUAUGUAGAACCUGAAGAAGGCUACCAAGGAUCACCGCAGAGAAGAGGCCCUUCUUCUGGCCAAGAAGAUGAACAUAUUUCUUUGCCACUUGGAGAAAAUGUGCUGACUCACAACCUUGGUAUUCCUGUGCUGGUAGUUUGUACAAAAUGCGAUGCAGUGAGUGUACUAGAGAAGGAGCAUGAUUACAGAGAAGAGCACUUCGACUUCAUUCAGUCACACAUUCGUAAAUUCUGCUUACAGUAUGGGGCUGCCUUGAUUUACACAUCAGUUAAGGAGGAAAAGAACCUUGAUCUGUUGUACAAGUACAUUGUACAUAAAACAUAUGGUUUUCAGUUUACCACACCUGCCUUAGUGGUAGAAAAAGAUGCAGUUUUUAUACCUGCCGGUUGGGACAAUGAAAAUAAAAUUGCCAUUUUACACGAAAAUUUUAUGACGGUGAAACCAGAAGAUGCAUAUGAGGACUUCAUUGUAAAACCUCCCAUAAGAAAGUUAGUCCACGAUAAAGAGCUGGCGGCUGAAGAUGAACAAGUAUUUCUUAUGAAGCAACAGUCAUUCCUUGCCAAACAGCCAGCAACACCUACAAGAGCAUCAGAAUCUUCUGCAAGAGGCACUGCAGGAUCCCCAAGAACUCAAGGCAGAGCUGGUCCCACUAAUGUACCCAGUGCUUCACCAAUAACAUCAGUUAAGAAACCAGAUCCAAAUAUUAAAAAUAAUGCUGCAAGUGAAGGUGUCUUGGCUAGUUUCUUUAACAGUCUCUUGAGCAAAAAGACUGGCGCUCCUGGGAGUCCCGGUUCUGGCGGAGUGCAAAGUACAGCCAAGAAAUCAGGACAAAAACCAGCUUUGACAAAUGUUCAAGAGGAACUGGAUAGGAUGACUCGCAAGCCACACUCUAUGGUAACAACAAACUCUCCUCCAACCGAGAACGAAGCUUGAUAACACAUAAAAGAAUGCACAUGUAAAUGGCCAAAUAACUAUGUAUAUUGAUCUGAAAAGACCAGGAAUUUUCUGCUAUGGCAGAUGCUAUGUUUUUUCUUGGGGAAAGGGAAAAUGAGCUUACUACAUCAUUGCCUUGUCCCAGUAAAAAGUGCACAUUCGGGAAGUUUGCAUAUAAAAUCCCUCUGUAUAAGAUAGCCAUUUAGAGUUUACAUAGGGCAAUUAUUUUGGUUUUGGAGGUAAGCAGGUGCAGUUGUCAUUUCCUCUUGUGAAGAACACAGAGAAGCAAAAUGGAGAAUUCUCAUUGAAAUGCUACUACUGACUGCACACAAGGCAAGAAAGAGAAAUUAAAUCCUCUUUGGGAGUUUCUGGAAUUGACUACUUGUAUGUUUACAAAUGUGUUUUAUUCUUGGAGUGGUGGUGGUGGUGUAACAGAGCAUUAAUUAGGUGAAAGAAGUAUAGGUAGGGAAUGGAGCCCUAAAAGGGGAAACAGAUUUGGGGCAGUGAGAAACUAGUAUGUUGCAUUGACUGGAGAGGAGCAAUGUUGUUAAAUCUGGUGUUUCACAUAGGGUAAAUAAUCACUGUUUUAUUAAAAAGACUACUUUACAUUGGAGAAUUCCAGGCCAAACACUAGGCAUCGUGGCAAUUUAUUCUUGUUAUAACUUUUAUUCUAUUUUUUUUAAAACUCUUAAGAGACAAGAUGCCCUUUCUGGUGUAGCUGACAAAGGGAGAAACUACAACUUAUUUAGAUCCAAGUGCCUGGCAUAGUGUGUGAUGUGUCUUUAGAAGGUGCUUGAACUUAUUAUGCACUGUAAUACAGUUACUGUUUGGUUUUAUUUUAAAACAGUAGCUUGGCAAUUUGUAUUUAAUUUUAAAUUCUGUUUUCUGAUAGCUUCUGCCUUUUAUUUAUGCCAAGAGGCUAGCCUAUGAAGAAUGGUGGGUGAUGUUGUCAUUUUUCCAUAAUGAAAUGUGCUACAGAACACUCUCAGUAUUUUUUUUCUUUCUCUUUGUAACUAAAUAUUAGCUACAAAACUAAAAUUGAUUCUUACCUUAUACCUAUGGAGGUUUUCUAAAACAAUUUUCAAGGCACUAAUUCCAACCACAUCUGCUGCAGGUGCAGCCAACUGAAAUUCUGAAGGUAACCUAAAAAGCAUGAAUGUGUACAUGAUGAACAUAGAAUCAUAGAAUAGUUAGGGUUGGGAAGGACCUUAAGAUCAUCUAGUUCCAACCACCUUGCCAUGGGCAGGGACACCUCACA